AUGAACGUCCCCUCGGCCACCCCGGUCGACUCGCCCCUGUACCGCAACCAGGGCGACAAGCUGCCCCGGCUCCCCGUCCCCAAGUUGGCCGACACCCUCGCCCGCCUCUCGCGCUCGUGCGAGCCUCUCGCCGCCGACCACGCCCAGCUCGAAGCACUGCACGCCAAGCUCGAGGCGUUCGCCCGGCCCGGCGCCGUCGGCGACAAGCUCCAGCGCCUCCUCGAGCGCAAGCGCGAGCAGCCGGGCGUGCGCAACUGGCUCGCCGAGGACUGGGACGAGCAGGCCUACAUGGCCUACCGUGACAGCGUCGUCGUCAACGUCUCGUACUACUUUGCUCCCCGCGGCACCGUCGAUCCUCCUGCGUCCGACCCCGCCUACGUCGCCGCCACCAUCGCCAAGACCGCCCUCGAGUUUCGCCGCCUCGUCGUCAAGGGCCUCCUCGAGCCAGAGCUCAACAACCCCAAGGACCCGGCCCAAGGCGAGCUGUGCAACGAGUCGUACAAGUGGAUGUGGAACGCGUGUCGCAUCCCGGCCUCGCCCGCCGACUACGCCGUCAAGACGCGCGAGGACGACCCGACGGCGCAGCACUUCCUCGUCGUCAAGCGCAACCGCUUCUUCAAGGUGCCCUUCCGGGACCCUCACGGCGACGAGUACGGCGUCGACACGCUGCAGGCGGCGAUCCAGAAGGUCAUCGACGUCGCCGACCGAGAAGGCGGCGCCGAGGCGGCGGCGGCACCACCUGUCGGCAUCUUGACGGCCGUCAACCGCGAUCGCUGGGCCGACGCUCACGGGCAUCUCGUCGCCUCGUCGCCGAACAACGUCGCCACCCUGCGCGAGAUCCACCACGCGGCGUUCGUCAUCGCGCUCGACGAGGCGACGCCCGACCCGUGGAAGGGCAGGCGCGAGCUCGAGGAGUGGAGCAAAAUGCUGUGGACGGGAGGAGCUGAGGGCGGGAACCGGUGGUGGGACAAGCCGCUGCAGUGGGUCGUGUACCGCAACGGCGAGGCCGGGUGCAUCGGCGAGCAUUCCUUCGUGCGCCGUACGCUCGCAGGCACGCCCACGGCCCGCAUGAACGACUACCUCACCAAGCGCAUCCUCCACGGCGACGCGUUCCCUUCCUCGUCGGCCUCUUCCUCUGCACCCGAGCCGACGCUGCUCGAGUUCGACCUCGACUCGACCUCUCGGCAGCACAUCGCCGACGCCGAGAAGGAGUUUGCCGCCCACAUCGACAAGUACCGGGUGCACUACACGAUGUACAUGCGCUACGGCAAGGAGGGCAUCAAGAAGAUGAAGACGAGCCCGGACGGGUGGUGCCAAAUGCUGUUUCAGCUCGCCUACUACCUCACGUUCAACCGCGCCUGUGCGACGUACGAGGCGGCGCAGACUCGGCGGUUCCAGCUUGGCCGCACCGAGACGGUCCGGAUCCUCACGCCCGAGUCGCUCGCGUUCGUCCAAGCGCUCGUCGACCACCCGUCGGACUCGUCGGCCGCCGACAAGGUCGCCCUGUUCCGCGCCGCCAUCGCGCACCAUGGCUCGGACAUGAAGCUCGCGUCGUCCGGGUCGGGCAUCGACCGGCACCUGUUCGGCCUCAAGAUGCUCGCCGCGACGUCGCCCGACAUCACGGCCGAGGAGCGCGCCGCCGUCAUGGAGGGCGACGGCCUGUUUGCCGACCCGCUCGUCAAGGAGAGCGCGACGUGGCGCAUGUCGACGAGCCAGAUCUACAUCCGGCACGCGCCGUCGUACGGCUGGGGCCCUGUCGUCGAGGGCGGGCUCGGCAUUCCUUACAUGAUCCACUCGGACGAGCUACAGCUGUCGGUCACCUGCACCGACGACGUGCCCGGCGCACGGUACAUGCAGAACUUCCGCAAGGCGGCCGACAUGCUCAUGGAUCUGCACGAGGCGGCGGCACGCGAGUCGAAGCUCUGAGUCGGCCGAGGCGGUCGACGCGGAGGAUGCGAGGGUCGAGAAGGGGGAUCGAGCGGGUCUGCGAGAGGAGGUCGUCCGGCUGUAGUUUGGCCCCGUGCAGGUUCUUGUGCAUCAAUGUACUCUCACGCUCAG